CCCCACCUUCAUCCCCUUCUUUUCUCUCUGAUCAAGUCUUAUUCAACAACUCCCAACAACAUACCCAUCAAAAACCUUGAAUUAACUUCUUGAUUUGAUCACUACAAAUGAGAGAUAAUCCAUCGAACUGGUUUUCAACAUGGGAACAACAACUCCCAAAGCAAGAAGAACUUAUACCCAUAUCACAAACCCUAAUCACACCCAAACUCGCCAACUUUUUCAAUAUCCACAACCCACAUAACCACACCCAACCCCACCCACAACCGAACCCAACCCCACCACAACCCAUUUCAGUAGAAGUUGAUUCAUCUGAUCCAGCUCGAACCCGCAGACGUCCUCGAAUAGUCUGGACUCCACAACUCCACAAGCGGUUCGUGGAUGCUGUUGCUUACUUGGGGUUCAACAACGCAGUACCUAAAACUGUAAUGCAGCUCAUGAAUAUUGACGGGUUGACCCGUGAGAACGUUGCAAGUCAUCUUCAGAAGUACAGGCUUUAUAUAAAACGUAUGGAGUCCGGUAAUGUUGAUCCGGUAAAUGAUCAGUUGUUCGCCAGUUCUCCGGUGCCACCGGUUUUACUACAACAGUCUCGUCCCAGUUCCGACAAUUGUUUUCCACGUCAGCAUCAUGUUCCUAGCUCUAUGGAAUCUGCAAAGACUGCAAAUGGGCAAGGAUCUCUGACUUUGUUUCAGACAGGGGAUUAUUGAAUUUUGCUAAUUUUAUUAUCUUUGUUAUUGUUUAUGAAAUUGGGAUUUACAUAGUGAUUAGUUAUUUAGUAGAGAUAUGAGUUGAUGAUGAGGUUUCAUGGACUCUUGAUUUGAUCUUUGCGGAUAUAAUUAAAGGAAAAUAUAUU